AAGAAAUUCAAGCAGGCUGCAAAGGUUCAAUGAAUGAUUGCGAGUUUGGCUUAGAUUUGGACAAUAGUUUUUUUGAUGAUACCGGCGAAAGUGAUGUUGAAGAUGUUGAUCCAUUAGAAAGUGAUAUUUGUAACAAACUAAUGUCCUCAAAUUUGUCCAACAGCUCAACAUGA